ACAGACGCUAUCUGGAUAAUUCAGAUUAGUUACAAAUGGAGCAGAUUGUAACAGAUUUUCAUUGACUGCAAACAAAACGAUCUGAUCGAGAGGCAGGAUGGAAUGGCAGGGGGACCUUCCACAGGAUCAUGCCUUUGUAGAGCUCCUGCUUCCUGGGCUUCCCAGCGAGCUGGAUAUCCAACAGCUGCUCCGAGACACAGAGGACAAACUCAAACUCAAUGCCUGCAGUAUAGAACAGAGUCUGAAGGAACUGCAGGGGAAGAUGGGUGAGUCCUGGACGGGGGAGCGUCCACCCAGCCCAACGGAAUGUCUGCAGUGGUUUAACUCACGGAACCCCAGCACCGUCAGGCCUGUCGCCACAGGAAACCAGGAGCUCCUGGACUUCCUGAAAGCUCUGCUCCAGUACCUUAGGACCGAGGAGGAGGGGCGAGAGGACGUGACCCUCCAGCUGCUCCACAACAUCUCCUCCCAGUGUGGCGUGUCCUUCCCCAACACCACCCCCUCGCCCACCCCCCAGCAGCCCGGCCCCUCGGCACACACCCCGGUCCACACGGUCAGGGACGACAGUGCUCUGGAGAGCCAUGAGGUGUGGGAUGAGGUACGGCUCCGGCUGCGGCGCCACCUGCUGGACAGACUUUCCUGUCCCCUCCCCGUCCCUCAGCGCAUCUACUGUCUGCAGCAGCUGUUCUUCCUCUACCCAGAGUGGGAGGUGCUGACGCUCUACCAGGGCCUGAGGAGCCAGGCUGUCCUGUCUCUGCUCCACUCUGCCCUGGCCUCCAGCCCCGGUGGGAAGGAGACGGGCUUCGACAGGCUGGCCCUGGGGCUCCGUGCUGCCGCCCCAGCCCUGUGCUCGGCCCUCAGGGAGGAGCUCCAGGUCCUCAAUGGGGUGGCCAAGCCCCAUACCAUUCUGGGUUUCCUGAAUGCUGCCUACCUGAACCCUGUGUCCCAGGAGCUGGGCGCCAUGAUGGAGAGAGAGUGUGAGAACGCCCUAAAGGACAACACUACGCUGAGCGGUGGCAAGGGGAGGAAGAGCUCGGCCAGGACCAAGGCUACUGUAGCGCCUCUGGAGCUGCCCCCCAGGAGAGACAGGAACUUCAGCCUAACAUCUCACCAGCUGAGGGUCCUGACCCAGCUAGCCUGCACUCUGCUGGGCCUGGAGAGCCAAGUGGACGAGCUGGCCACUCAACUGGCAUUCAUCAACUGUGCUGGGGAGACUCCCUGCAGUGUGAGAGGAAUAUGGAAAAAGACCAAAGAUGACUUGGAUAUGACCACUGUCGAUGGUAGCAAGACCACGGCAGAGACACUCUUCCAGAGUCCGGAGGCCAUUGUUCUGGAGUUUGAUUGGAGGGCUGCUUUCAGGAAGCUGGUGCCCCAUAUGGCUCACUGUGUCAAGGUGGUGCUGGAGGAUGUGUGCACCAAGAGUCUGCAGCAGGAGGAGCUGUCACACACAUCUGGCUCCGCCCACGUGGUCCUGACUAGCACACCCCACGGAGAUGACUCCUCCCUCACCUGCCCAGAGAGGGACCGCCCCAAGAUGGUCGCCAAGUUCUGUGGCGACAUCAUGGGGGAGUGUGAUGCCCUCCUGCCCCUGGCGGAGGCGUGUGGAGAUGCCGCCCUCCUGGAGGUGCGCUGCAGCUUCGUGGAGGUGUGUGCCUGGGUCACGUCUGCCAUCCUGGGCCGUGUGGAGGAACGGGCAGGGGAGGUGCCCUCUGCUGCCCCCUUGAAGAACCUUAUUGCUCUGCUGGGCACCAGUAUGUACAUCCACCAACGGCUGUGUCACUAUGAGGCCCAACUCAGAGAGACUAACCCCACCGCAGCCAGAGUCCCCAUGACACUGCUGCCCAUCCAGAGGUACCAGGAUGUGACGGAGGGCCUGAGGGAGCAGCUGGCCAGCUACUGUGUCCAGGUGUGCACCAGCACUAUCCUGCAAGACGCAGAGAGCCACCACUGGGCUGACCCCAAACCCUUCUACGAGGGUGAUAGGUGUUCAUUCUCAGUGCAGAUGUGGCACUACUUCCUGACUGGGCUGCGUACUGACCUGUGGUUGGCUGUGCCAGGCUCUGUGGGGAGGGACGUGCUUGCUCAGGUGACCAGUGAGAGUCUGCAGGUUCUGGUGCAGAGGUACUCCAGGGCACGGCCCUCCUACAAGAGGCACCUGCAGAUCAGGUGUGACAUCACGGUGGUGCUGCUGUGUGUGGAGCAGCUCAUGUGGAGUGUGUGUGAGCGACCCGAGGCGCUGGCUCAGUCAGAGCCAUCAGUGGCGGGCUGCGUCUGGGUCGCCUCAAUCCACAGCCUGUGUGACCAGCUCCUGACCACGCUGGUCAUCGUGACAGCACCCCUGCCUCAGCUCUACUGGACUUUCCAGUACAGACCUGGAGAGGGCUCCGCGCCAGCUCUGGCCCAUUCCCCAGGCAGCCCUGGCAUACACUGGCUCAGUGCCAUCCACCCUGGCCUGUUCACCCAGCAGGCAGCACGGGAGGGCCUGGCGGGCGAAGCGACCUCCGAGUGCCAGCUGAGGCUGCUGACCUCUGACCCAAGAUGCAGUCCCAGGUUGCUGCUGACCGCCAUCCUGCACAGAGACUGUCACCUGCUGCGAGUCCUCCUGGAAUACUCCCAUUUCUGCAUGGAGGAGGAGGCAGAUGCUGAUGCUGUGUCUCCUGUGAAGAGCGAUGCUGGAGAUGAGUUUAUGGAGGCUGUGUACAACGUGCUCAGCUCUCUGAACAAUGUCCCUAAAGCCCUGACUCUGGCCCUGGAGACUUACUUUGACAGAGGACACUUAUGGGACUAUCUAUACAGCCCGGCAGAUUCAGUGCGGCCUGUCCCUGUGGUGAUCAGCUUUAUCCGGGCAGUGGUCAACCAGCCUGUCCACUGCCUUCUGGGCCAUCUGGUCACCAUGGUCCUGGCUUGGCAGGCCUCUGAGGAUCCCUGUUCCUCCCUGCUCAGACGGGACGUCCCAGACAACAUCCUCACUAAAGUCCCCAAGGAGUGGAGCUAUACCCUUCAGACACCCAAGGGGAGGGAAUCAGCUAAGAGUGUGGUGAAUCUGGCCCUCCAGGCCCUCUCCUUUAUCUACACCAACCUGCCCUCGGCCGUGGCUUCCCUCCCCCUGCCAGUACGCUUCCUCUUCCACACCGCAGAGAAACACCUUUCCCAGCAUGCUCGGCAGCUGCGCUCCACAGGCCUGCUCCUCUGGGCCCUCCUUAGCUGUCUCUGCCAGUGCCUGGAGGACCCCAACUCACUGGAGCUGCUGUGCGGCUUGCCUUUGGACCGGGUGGCCAAGGAGAGACUGGCCCUGCUGUCAGAGUGCCUCCAGGGGACCAUGGGCCAGGGCCAGCAGAAGGGUGUGCCCAAGCCCACUGUGCACAAGGUACUUCAGGCUCUGGAGGAGAGGAGGCCCAAGUGGUGCUCCAUGCAGCUGCAGAAAGCCCGCAAGCUCUGCUCCGAGAGUGCGUUUGAGUGGGGCGAGAGUGGUGUUCCACAGGAGGGGGGCGGCGGUGUGGCUGAGGCGACUGAGCAGAAAAUAGGGCUGAUACUCCUGGAAAUUUGCCACAAACCAGGUGGCUCCGAGUACCUGAGGCAAAUCUAUCAUAUCAUCCAAGUCAAUGAGCCACUGUUGAGGUCCAAGCUGUGUGUGUCCAGUGACCACCCAAUUGACUCUCCUCAGACAGUGACCUUUAACCUGGGAACAGACAGCCCUGGUCACCCCUCACCCCGGUUCAACCCCCUCCACCAGUUUGACCACAUCGGCAGCAACAAGUUAGACCAGGCAGCCGUGGGAGACUGGGCCUGGGACUGGGCCACACUGCUGCCAACUUACCAGGGGAUGAGUCAGGUGACCUUGAGAGCACUCCUGGUCAACAGGUGGGAGAUGCAGUAUGGUGCAGUUCUGGAAGAUGAAGAGAAGUCUCUGGUGGAGGAGCUGCAGAAAGCCUACUUCAACCGGAGCCCUGGAUCCCAAGGCGCCCCCCCCCCACCUCCGGAGUCACCCAGGCAGCACCAGGAUGAACAGCAUGCAGCAGCAAACAUCAUCAAUUAAAUCUGCUGCACUCCUUCCUCCAAAAGGCCCUUUGUGUUAAACGAGAAACAUUGUAACGUCUGUGCAGUACAGCUAAGGGAGAAGCUGUGUGUGUGUGCGUGUGCGCGUGAGUGUGUGUGUGUACGUUACUUUCAAAAUGUUAUCCGUUACUAGUUACCUGUCCAAAGUUGUAAUCAGUAACGCAACUUUUGGAUUACCCACUAGGCAGGGUAGCCUAGUGGUUAGAGCGUUGGACUAGUAACCGGAAGGUUGCAAGUUCAAGCUGUCAAGGUACAAAUAUGUCGUUCUGCCCCUGAACAAGGCAGUUAACCCACUGUUCCUAGGCCGUAAUUGAAAAUAAGAAUUUGUUCUUAACUGACUUGCCUAGUUAAAUAAAGGUAAAAUAAAAAGUAAAAUCUGAUUAAUUUCAUUUGCUUUUGGAUUACUUUCCAUGUAGCCCUUUACACUCAUACCCGUAUAGGGAGUGACAUUUGCAGAUUUUUAACAAGUGCCUAAAUUGAAAUGUAAUGGCUGUACAGUAAAAUGCUAUACAUGAUGUCAGAGCUCUGGAUCUGGCACAGUAUGGGGUUUGACUGACAGCUGUUCUGAAUUUGAGCGUCACGCAUGACAAGAAGUUUCCCCCAUCCCUCCCAGUAAUCGGGCACAAUUUGCAACGUUUUUGUUGUUUGAGUGAGGGAAAUGCUGUAAAUUAAAAUGACUCGAUGUAUUUUGAAAGAUGAGGGGAGGAUUAGAAUAAAUACCACUUUGAUGUCAUACAAGCACCUCUCAUUUCCAAAUCACGAUCCCCAUGUUUGAUGUACAGUUAGAAGAUGACAUGGCGUCACACCCCUGGGUUGUUCUGAACAGAAUGAGCCUAUGUUUGUUUAUUGUGAAGGACAUUUGCCGCGGAAACACGCACCUAAAUGCACUCAUGACUCCUUUUUAUGCACACCAAAAUUACAAUAUUUUUCCUCUGAAUUACCCCGUGAAAGCCUAACACUGUAACAUCGUAUUUUAUAACUUGAGUGUGAAGGGUUUUAAGAGGCAUUAGAAGACAAAAAGGAUCCAUCAAAUGCGUUUGGUGUGCCAUCGUAGUGGCCUCUGACUUGUGGUCAGACUCCCUCAGGUGGAUCAAACUUAAUCUUGAGCAUAUUUUUCUUCAAUGCUGAGUUGAAUGUCAUUGAGAAAAGAGAAAGGUGUCAUUAAGUAUUUUCUGAAUUUAAAAGUAAUCCAAGAAGUAAUCAUGUAGUUUUUCAAAAGUAUCUGUAAUCUGAUUACAACAUUUUUUGGGGUAACGUUACUGAUUGCAGUUAGUUUUAAAAAAAAGAAAAGAAAUGACAUGUAACCGAUUGCAUGUAAUCGGUUACGUCCAAACCCUGGGUGUGUGAAUAUGCGUGUGUGCUCGCCUGCGUGUGUGCAUGUGAAUGUGUGUGUGUGUGUGUGUGGGCUUGCCUGCGUGUGUGUGUGUACUUGCAUGAAUGAUUUCAUGUAUGUGUACCCAGAGACACACUCUCUUCUCCUUGUUUGUUAUCACUGGGAUUUCAUAUUUUUGGUGCACAUCCACGGGACAGGUUUCUGGAUUGGAGGCAGAGUUUGUUUGCUUGAGAAUAUGUUUAUCCAGGGACUAUGUGAUCACUGAAGUUGAAGAUGCUUGUGUAAAGGCAUUGGUGUCAGCAUAUUUCUUUCCCAGUUCCCCAAAAAAGUAACUUCAAAUCCCCCGAUUUAGAGGAAAAUAUGUGUUAUGAUUACACAAUGUCACCAGAAUGUGUCCCACCAUAAAACAUCAGUCAGACAUUUGUGCGCUGAGAGCAUAGUUUGUUAUUUGUGAUUUGUGAUACUUUUUGUUUCCAGGUUUUCUGUAUUUUCUUAUUCAUGAGAUGAGACAGAAUCUACCAGAAUUAAACAUGAAAAUAAUAAAUAUAUUUUCUUCAUGA